AUGGAAAAGACAGUAGAUUAUUUUAUAACCGACGAUCCUGUAAUUCGUCAUUUGCAACUAGUGGAGUUGGUGCUUUCUCAUUGCACCGAUGUCCUAUGGUCAGACAGCCAUACACGACACAAACAGACAUUUAUUUGGCUGAACAAACUUCGGCAUCGUAUAAAAAAUCUCGAGGCAGCUAAAUUGGUCAAUUUUCCAAGAUAUACUGGCGCAGCCACAACGAUAGGGUCACUUAAUGAAAGUAGCCGCGCCACCAAACUCCCUGCUGCCACGGAUUCGCUUGACUCUUCCAACUCUUUUCGUCAUCAAAAAUCGGGGUUUAACGGUCUCCAUGUGGCGUCUGCAGAUGUCAUUCUUCUUAAAAAUCCUCACAUCCAACAGGAACACUCAUCCAAGUCGCACUUCCUCCCACAUCCAUUCCCAGGGGAGUUGAGGAAUGGCCUAAGACCACACACCGAGGUCGAGUCUAAACUCAAGGAUUCCCUAAAAGUGAAUUUAGCUGGCAGUCGUGCUUCGCGGAGGGGUUCGCCCGAACCACAUCUGGAUUCGGCGCUCUCCACAGAUAGCGAGGAGGAGGAAGGGGAGCGUUCUAUCGAGGUGCAGAAGCGUUAUCGUGGUGCCACACCGGCGACGACACCUGGUGGGGAGGUUGUGAUGGUCACCCCAUCCGGCCACUCCCUGCACGAGGAUGACAAUUCCCUGCUCUUUUUCGAUCUCCCGCUUCUCAUCCAGCGGCUCUCUGGCGGCAUCACGAACGAACUGUUUCACGUAUAUGACCCUGACAACCCGUCCAGAUCGGUAGUGGUUCGGAUUUUUGGAAAGGAGACGGAGCGGGUGAUCUCUCGCGAGAGUGAGUUGUUCUACCAAUCUCUUUUUCUUAAAACCUUUGUUCACGGCAACAAUUUUCUUAUUUACGAGUACUUGAACUCAUACGAACCCUUGCCGUACGCUGAGAUGCCUGUCGAAGGCGAAGCGAUCGCUGAAGCGAUUGCGGCAUUUCAGGUUCGUGCGACCUGGGCCGCUCGCGGAAGGCAAAAUCUGCCGCAGCCGUUGAACGGACUCAUGGAAAUUGAAUCUCUCUCAGAUGAACGAAAGCCAAGCGUUGAAAUUGGCAAUAAUGCAUAUGAAAAACGGGGAAUUGCGGAUAAUAGUCGGCGCUCUCCAUCCAUCGCUGUUAAGAGUCAGGAGGGUCGAACACGUUUUGAGCGCGAGUCCAACUACACCAUUCAUUCUCUAACCGCGUGGGUGGAGCUGAUUGUUUCUGAGGAGAUUAUCCGCAAAGUGAAUGAAGAAAAACAAGUUGAGUUCAGACGCGUGGGGAAAGAGCUUCAUGAGGAAAGUCAGUACAUGCUAAAGCUCCUUAAACCUCACCUUGAAUCCUUAGGAGAGGGUGUCUGUCACAAUGAUUUACUUAGUGCAAACUUUAUGCGACAUGUGAAUACACGGAAGCUGAAAAUCAUUGACUUUGAUUAUACUAAGCGAAAUUUCCUUCUAUUUGAUCUAGCAAACCACUUUAACGAAUACACCGGGCUGGAAUGCGACUAUGCUAAAUACUUUCCGUCUGACGAACAUAUUUCUACCUUUGUCAGGCGCUAUAGGUGCGUAAUGCGGGCGCAACUGGAGCGAAGUCAUGCAGAUCUUCACAUUACAGAGGAUAUCAUCGCCAACGAGCGGGCGCUGUUCUUCUCUCAGAGUGCUUCAGAAGAAGAAAAGGCUAUUGAGCAGUCAGUAGGGCUUGUGAAGCUGCUUACGCUAUACUCCCACCUAUCAUGGAGCAUAUGGUCUCUGCUACAGGAGGCAGUGUCCGCUCUUGAUGUAGAUUUUCUCGAGUAUGGAAAGCUGCGACUGGCGCGCUACUACGAAACGAAAGAUGAUUUUUCACGGCCUUACGCAAUAAGUUUAGAGGUGAUGGAGGAACAGUAUGCGAUGAAUGAUACCCAUUGA